GUUUGUUUAUAUUGUUAUUCUGCUGGAAAAGUUGAAAUAUGUCGAGUGAGGAAAAGAAAAAAAGAGGUAAAAAUUUUACGGCGGAGGAGGAACAAGUUCUUAUGGAACUGCUCGAGGAAAGAAAGAACAUAUUGGAAAACAAAAAGUCAGAUGCGGCUAUAUGGAAGCAAAAGGAACAGGCCUGGGAGGAAAUGGCUGACACCUUUUACGCCAGAACGGGCAUUUACCGUGAAUGGAAAGCGUUAAGAGAUAAGUUUAUAAACAUGAAACGGAGAUCCAAGAUUGAACUGGUGGACGACAAGUCUCACAACUUUCGCACCGGCACAGGGAAAUAUAUUGCCCUAAUGGGAGAAUCAACAGCAGGCGUGGGCAACAAUUUUGACAGCGAUGCUUCUAAUGUUCAAACUGACAUCAAUUUCGAAGGAGAGGAUGAUAUGUUUGGAAAUUCCAGUGACACCCACGACAUUCCCAACAUCAUUGAGCACAAAGAAGUCAGAGCAAAUAUAAGUUCGGACUGGCCAAGCUUGAAUCCACGAACCCUGCGCAGCUUAGAUGAGGAGAAGAUUAAGCUAGUGCUUCUUCAGCAAGAAUUUUACAAAGGCGAAAAUCAACGAGCACAAGAAAAACACAAUCACGAAAUGCUCAAAGAGAAGAUUAAGCUCGACCAAGAAGUACAAGAGGGAAAAUUACGAAUCGAAAUGAUGGAAUUGGAAAUACUUGAAAAAAAAGCUAAAUUAGAUUUAUAAUCAGAAAUAUUUAAAACUUU